AUGACAGCAGUUCCACCUAUAAAUGAUAAACCAACAACAGAACAACUUGUAACUGUGAUACCAACUGUAGGGCAACUAGCGACUAUCAAUAAACCAACCACAGGGCAACCCACAACUGCCAAGCCCAUUGAAGGGCAACCUGUAACUGCUAAGCCAACCAUAGAGCAACCUGUAACUGCUAAGCCAACCGUAGAGCAACCCGUGACUAAUAAGCCAACUGUAGGGCAACCUGUAACUGCUAAGCCAACCGUAGAGCAACCUAUAACUGCUAAGCCAACCGUAGAGCAACCUGUAACUGCUAAGCCAACCCAACCUGUAACUGCUAAGCCAACCGUAGAGCAACCUGUAACUGCUAAGCCAACCGAUGAGCAACCUGUGACUAAUAAGCCAACUGCAGGGAAACCUGUAACUGCUAAGCCAACAGUAGAGCAACCUGUAACUGCUGAGCCAACAGUAGAGCAACCUGUAACUGCUGAGCCAACCGUAGACCAACCUGUGACUGAGAAGUCAACCACAGGGCCGCCUAUUACUAAUAAGCCACUAACAGGACAGGAAUCAACUGCAACUGCAUCACAGCCAACCAUUAGUCAGACUCGCGGAGUUACAACAACAAUCCCAAUAUCUCAAGGUACGAUGACUGUCACUUUGUCAUGA